AUGGGUGGAUCGAGAGGCAGCGCGAUCUUGUUGAUCUUGACGGUCGCGUGGUUCCGGCUGGCGCUUUCCGGGGUCAAGGACCACGUGGCGGCAUUGAACGUGACCGGUCAUCACGGCUCGGCGCUGGCGGACUCCGUGGAGAACGAGGUGUCGUUCACCAGUGACGAGUUGGACCAGCAUCCGCACACGAUCUCCGGUAAACCGACGAAACUCGACACGAACGUUAACCAGAUGAUACAGACGGACGAUAAGUCGCAGUAUCAGAUCGAGGCGACGCGAAUGGAAAACGCGACCGCGUCUCCGUUGGACUCGACCGAGUGUCAGAACGGUGAGACGACGACGACGACGAAGGAUCUGUCCGACUUGCUCGACAAAUUGUCCAGGAUCGACACGUACAACGUGACCGACACGGUGCAGAUCGUAAGAAACCAGGACGUGGUCGCCAGGAAAGACGAAAAAGGUAACGACCGGCCGGACGCGACGCUACUCGAUAAAGUUCGCCGGUACGCAAGGGAACACGUAAUAAAGAUACGUCUGAGCCAGGACUUAAUACCCGGUAGAAAAGCUAGAACCUUCUUCAACGGAUUCGGACUUGGUUUUCUAGCAUUUGGCCUGAAGAAGCUGCUGCUACCUCUGAUUUUUGGUGUACAGAUCAUUAAGAGUGUCUUAAUAGCGCUUUUCCUCCCAAGUAUCAUCGGAAGUAUCAGUAAUAUCGUCGGCAAAGGAGUUUCAUCGUUUGCGCAAUCGACGCACACCACGGCGCAGCCGGACGAAAAUUUCGAGUUCAAGGACAACUCCGAUCUGUACAACGACGACUAUUUGACGCGACAACCGGUAGGAACGUUGCCAGCCUCCGCGAUGUACGACGAAAGUAUGAUGCAGUCUCAGAAAACUCCAGAAAUCGCUUCUAGAUACUCCUACGUCGAUCCUAAAAUCACUCACGCGAAUGCUGUUGCUGAUCGUUAUUACACCAGGCACGUUGCUGCCCAUGGGCUUUCUAAGAAGCAAGAUUUUAAGGUGUUCCACGAGAUUCCAACGAGUUCGCUGCUGCUAACCAACUACGAUCCUUUCUACUCUCCCCUAUUAUCACGUCUGGACGCCGUUUUCUCUCGCCUCGGCCACACGACAGAGGGCUGCAGAGAAUACGCGGUGUGCGCGAUGUACAGGAGUCCCGCCAGGUACGCGCCGUACUCGAAUUUGGUCUCGGCGCAGUUGUCCAGGGAGUUGAACGAACUGAGAAGACCCAGCAGCGACAACCCCGACGUUCUGAGGUUCUUCCGGUACAUGAAGGCCGCGAAAGAUGGACAAGACGGCGUGAAGUGCGAGGACGCGUACGCAAGUUGCGCGGUCGCGCAACAAGAUCAGACUCUCAGGCAAAAUCAGGCGAUGUUGGCUACUUAUCAGGACAUUGACAAGCUCGUCCAUGCGAGGAAGCUAUAA